AUGUCUGAAUCACGGCUAUACUCCUUCUCCCCAGAAACAAGGGAGAAGCUGCGCAAAUUCCGCCUCAGCACCUCACGAGCAAAGGAUCCCCAAGCCAUCAUCUGUGCGAUUUACCUCCUACACACCCCACAGAGAUACUUUUCUAAUCAGCGUGCAGAUAUAAUCGACACCAAAACCCAGGAGAUUCGGCCCGAGGAUGGCGAAGUCUACACCAAGAUGGAGGACGUAGCCGACGAGCUCCCAGAGUCCUCCCCACGCUUCAUCCUCCUCAGCCACCCGUUGACACUUAGCUCCGGCCGUCUCUCCGUCCCCUACGUCCUCCUCUACUACCUGCCCGAAAACUGCAAUCCGUCGCAACGGAUGAUGUACGCUGGCGCAGUGGAACUGAUGCGCAGCACGGCGGAGGUUAAUCGGGUGGUCGAGGUGCAGAGCGAUGAGGAUGUCACGUCUAUCGAGUCCCGGCUGGCCGGCUCGGAGUAA